CUCGGGCGGCAGAUUGUUUUUUCUUGCUUUGGCGGUUCAUUUUGCAAACAACAAAAAAUAAACGAAAAUAAAAAAAGAAAUAUAGAAAAUUAUUUACAAUAUUUUUGUGUACAUAAAUGAAAAGCAAACAGCAAUAUCUUGUGCUUGUGUGUGUGUGUGAUUUUCGUAAUGUUGUGAUGUAAAAUUUUGCGCCCUUUUUCAAUGUUGGCGUCUUCUGAUGGAAAUUGGCAUCUGAAGAGAAAAAAUUACCAAUGAAUCAAAUAAAAAUCAAAAGAAAAUUUCAAGCCAAAAAGUGUAUAGCAGCUGCCGGCAAAAAAUUUAUAGCCGAAUCGGAAGACCAAAAAUAAAAUCUAUAUACAUAAAGAGGAAAAACCAUUAAAAUUUUCGAAGGACACAACUGAACAUAACCGCAGAAAUAGCAACAACUACAACAACUACAAAGAGGAGGAGAUAACUACAAGGCAAAUGUCCGAAUCGAUAGGCCAGGUCAAGCGGCAGGUAAUACAAACCACAUAAAUCAAUAUACCACACACAAAGGACAAAAUGCGAAUCCUUACGGAGAAGGAUUAUGACAGUGCAACGCCAGCACUUGAACAACAAAUGAACCUUGCCCGCAGAGCCUGCUGGAGCAGGAGCCGCAAGAGCUCAACAAUUGAUGAACCUACAAAUGGUGCUAAAUUAGUGUUUAACUUCAGUCAGCAAAUUGAGGAAGCAGUAAUCCGACCACUAGAACAACCACCGAGCAACAACAACAAGAAGAACAAGCAGGAGCAGGUGUACACAUCCUUGUGGCCGAACAAGAUGACGAUGCUUCUUUUCUAUGCCAUUUGUGUCCUCCUAAUGGGCUCCAAUACCAUUGAGGCGCGUCCAAAUAUGAGUAUCUUGGGAGUGGCCACUAGCGGCAAGGCAAUCGAUGCGGAUGUAGUCAGUCAGCUAAAUCUGCCAUCGGCCAGAACAACAGCGGAUACAUCAACUUCAUCAUCAUCAUCAUCAUCAUCGUCGUCGUCGUCAGGGUCGAUGCCGCCUUCACUGCCCCAGGCGGAGGCCUUUAAAAGCAUAGAAGAACGUGAUGCAGAGGAUGGCCAUCACAUGGACCGUUAUCCACUCUCCCAGGUGGAUUUCGCACGCGUCAAGACGCCCUUUAUAAUUGGCAUUUGGAUAUUAUCGGCCAGCAUAGCCAAAAUUGGUUUCCAUAUGACACCGAAAUUGCAUCUAAUAUUCCCCGAAUCCUGUCUAUUGAUCGUGGUGGGCGUGGUCAUUGGGGUUGUUCUUUAUUUUUGCACGGAUGUCGCAGUCUCACCGCUGACACCCAACACAUUCUUUUUCUACAUGUUGCCACCGAUUAUUUUGGAUGCGGGCUACUUUAUGCCCAAUCGCCUAUUCUUUGAUAAUCUGGGCACCAUAUUGCUCAUGGCUGUGGUUGGAACCAUCUUUAAUAUUGCCACAAUUGGUGGUUCACUAUAUGCGUGUGGCCUUUGUGGCAUCUAUGGUGAUGAGAGUGCCACACCCGAAUUGAUGGACAUAUUUCUAUUUGCCUCGCUAAUAUCCGCCGUAGAUCCGGUCGCUGUUUUAGCCGUAUUCGAGGAGAUACACGUCAAUGAAAUAUUGUAUAUUGUUGUCUUUGGCGAAUCCCUGCUUAAUGAUGCUGUCACGGUCGUCAUGUAUCAUAUGAUGGAGUCGUAUAAUGAAAUUGGUUUGCCCAAUAUAAUAGCCCAGGAUAUUGCUAGCGGUGUUGGUUCCUUUUUUGUAGUGGCUUUAGGUGGCACUGCCAUAGGUAUCAUUUGGGGCUUCCUAACUGGUAUGGUGACUCGAUUCACCGAUCAUGUCCGUGUUAUAGAGCCUAUUUUCAUAUUCGUUAUGGCCUAUUUGGCCUAUCUGAAUGCGGAAAUCUUUCACAUGAGCGGCAUUUUAGCCAUAACUUUCUGUGGCAUCACUAUGAAAAACUAUGUCGAAUCGAAUAUAUCUCAAAAAUCGCACACAACUGUUAAAUAUGCCCUGAAAAUGUUGUCAAGUUCAGCAGAAACCAUUAUCUUUAUGUUCCUUGGCGUGGCGACCGUCAAUAAUUUGCACGUUUGGAAUACUUGGUUUGUGGUCCUAACCAUUACCUUUUGUUCCGUAUUUCGUGUCAUAGGUGUCAUUUUGUUAUCGGCUCUGGCCAAUCGUUUCCGAUUGCACAAAUUAUCGCGUGUCGAUCAAUUUGUUAUGUCGUAUGGCGGUUUGCGUGGUGCCGUUGCCUUUGCCCUGGUCCUUCUGGUCGAUGAGAAUGUGGUGAAGCAAAAGAACAUGUUUGUUACCACCACCAUAGCUGUGAUCUAUUUUACCGUAUUCAUACAAGGCAUUACAAUAAAGCCUCUGGUCAAGAUACUCAAUGUGAAAAGGGCUAAUAAACGUAAGCCCACAAUGAAUGAACGUAUUCAUGAGAGGUUCAUGGACCAUCUUAUGGCUGGCAUUGAGGAUAUCGUGGGCAAAACUGGCAACUACAAUGUGCGGGAUAAAUUCAAGCGUUUCGAUAAUCGCUUUAUACGUCCUCUGUUGAUAAGAGAUCUCAAGGGUGCUGAACCAAAGAUCAUUGAGACAUAUUCAAAGUUAACUAUGCGCGAUGCCAUGGAAGUGAUGCGUCGCAAUCCCUCGACAAUUGGACAGAUGACCGGAACUGAAUCGAUGAGUGCCCUAUUUAGGAAUUAUACCAAUAACUAUAUUGGUGGCAGUCCCAGUCUAACUAAUCUAGACAAUACUUGUUCGCGCAACUUGGAUAUGGCUGAACUGGACUAUAAUCCAUCCAAAAAGGAUUUGACUGAUGCCAGAAUACAUCAUUUGUUAGCCGAAGAACUGAAGCCUUAUAGAAGGCACCGUCGUCUUAGUUAUAGCCGACACGCAGUAGAUGACAGAGAUUUGUCCACCCAGGUCAAUUAUAAAAUGCAAAUGAAUUUCCGACGAAUGUUCAAUGAUCGGAAGCAUCAUAAGCGCAGCAAACGUGGAGCCAGCAAUAAGGAACCCAAGGAGAAUGUGAAACAGAAUCAUGUAUCAUUUCAUGAUUUUCAACAGAACGGCACUACAAAGCAGCUCUCCAAUGCCGAGGAGAACCAACAGAAUCCAAACGAGAUCAAUGUUGUUGGUCCCAGUGACGAUUGGGAUGAUGGCCUAACUUUCACAGCAAAAUCAUCACCUGACUCGGAUCGCGCUAAUAACAAUUCCCUGAUAGCCCAUAUACAAAACCUGCCCGGUUUUGAUGUAUCCAAGGCUCGCAUUGUCCAGCAUUAUGCACCCAAAGUGGAUGACGACCAAAGUCCAGAGCAAGAGUUAGACUCGCCGGAUCCAUCAGUUGGACCCACAGCGGCUGAAUUGAUUUUGCCAUGGCGACGGGAUCGUUCAUACCAGAGCAUUGUUGCCGAGCAUCCCAUUCCCGAAGAGGAUCGCAAUUUGUCACGCGAAUCAGAUGGGGAACGUCGUGUGGCCACGCCCACAGCCACAGAAUCACAAUUGCCAUGGAAACGACAGGGGGACGAGAGCACAGAUGCAGUUCAGCAAAAUGAAUUUCCUGCCUGGGCAUCGAAUAAGGAAUAUUUGGCCUACAAUUCACCAAGUGCUACAUUCCUAGGUGGUAUAAACAAGCCUAAACAACCCAAGUCCGUCAUAGGUCUCUUUCGACGUGAGAGUUCCAGUUCAAAAGCUGGCAGCGUUGGUGGCAUUGGAAGCUCUAAUACGGUGGAUGCCGGCUCCAGCGGCGAUGCACGUGGCUCGGAUCCAAUGGUCGUUGUGCCUUCUUCUACUAACACCCUCAAUCCAAUGAAUCCGGCCAGCAGUGGCAUUAGCACCAAUACCACACCAGUGCCGGCCCACAAUCCCCGGCUGGGCAAGCGCUCGCAAUCGAUAUCGUCAGGUUCGUUGGGCACUCAUCUAGUUGGCCCGGAUGGCCAUUCUGGUCCAUUUCCGGUCACAGCAAGUCAUCGACGGAAUGUGCGACGUGGCUCAAUGUUGGAGCUAAGCGGACUUAUUGUAACUGGACGCAGGCCCAGUAGAGUUUUACAAUGUAGUCCAGGAGCAACUAAUUUGCUAGAGUCAGGCAAUAUCACACCAACAACAACAACAUCAACAACAACUUCAACUCGAACAACUCCUACAACAACUUUAAAUCCAACAACUUCAACAACAACAACAUCAUCUACUACCACAAUCAACAACAAGAACAACAGCCACACAAAUAAUUCAACAAAUGCAACAAGCGAUAAUUCAACGUCAACUUCCCCCUCAUCGGAGAAUAGUGCAACAUAUCGGCUAAAUGACACAAUACCAGAGGAGUCCUCGUACCAGCAUGGACACUCCAAGUCGCUAUGCGAGCCAGGCGACACCGAUGAUUGGGAUGGUGCGCCGCUUGCCACCACCAGCGGCUCCAACAGCGAGAAAAUGAUGCGUCGCGAUGGUCGAGAGCCGCUCCUGCCGCGUCUCUCAUCGACUCCUCGAUCCCAAAUCCGACGCAUGAAUGCUGGUGCUGUAGGCGGUGCGGCAGUGGGUGUGCCUGGUGGUAGUAAAAAUCAAGUGACCACGGCUCUAUUAGAUUACCAAGAUAGCGACAGUGAGGACGAUGACGACGACGACGACGAUGAUGAGGAGGAUGAUGAUGAUGAAGGGGAAGAUUUUGAUUUAUAUGAUGAUGAGAAUAUUGUAGUCACUACAUUUACCACGCCUGCCACUCCACGCACUGCACAUGAGAUGGGUCGACGAGGUGGUUCCGGUUCAGCAUCGGCAGGGGCAACAACUACUACAACCAGCAUUCGUCUCACUAGGAAGAAUGAUGAGAGCAUCAUUUGAGUAGCGGAUGAGGAAGGAAAGCAGUAUCCUCCACGGCGUAAAAGUUUCUUUCAAUAUGAGAUGUUCUACUGAGAAAGAAGGUCCUUCAGCAACGAUAUCUAUGUAUGUGUGUGUGUAUAUGCUGGUUAUAUAUACCUACAUACCUAUAUAGUUAUAUAUGUAGGAUUAUAGUAUCAAUUAAGAACAGCAAAUGAUUACAAAAAAAAAAAUAGUUUCCAAAUGGUUUAAAACA